CUGGCGAGGGCCUCCAGCAGCCGUCAGGACAGGCGGGCCUCGGGCGGCCUGAACUCCCCCACGCCGUCCAUCAUGACCUCCCCGAAGCUGUGGCAGAAGGCGUCCGUCUCCAGACUGGCAGAGGAGUUCUUCUGGAUCGGCGGCAGCGUGGUGGCACAGCCCAAAUGGAGAUUGGGACAGAUAGUGGAGAGAUGUAUGUGCACCAUGCAGACCGGCACCCAGAUGAGCAAACUGAAGGGGAAGAAGAAAGGCCUGGUCCGCUUCUUCUAUCUGGACGAGCACAAGUCCUGCAUCCGCUGGCGGCCGUCCAGGAAGCACGACAAGGCCAAAAUCACUAUUGACUCCAUUCAUGAGGUCUGCGAGGGGAAAAAGUCUGAGAUCUUCAGGCGUUAUGCAGAUAACCGCUUCGACCCAAACUGCUGCUUCAGUAUCUACUACGGCGAGCGAGUGAAGUCUCUGGACCUGGUGACCACCAACUCAGAGGAGGCCCGGACCUGGGUCACCGGGCUGAAGUACCUGAUGGCCGGCAUCAGUGACGAGGACAGCCUGGCCCGGAGGCAGCGCACCCGAGAUCAGUGGUUACAGCAGACCUUCUCUGAGGCCGACAAGAACGGAGACGGCACCCUGAGCAUUGGAGAGGUUCACCAGCUGCUGCACAAACUCAACGUCAACCUGCCCAAGCAGAAAGUCAGAGAGAUGUUUCAGGAAGCAGACACAGACGAGAACCAGGGAUCUCUUGGCUUUGAAGAGUUCUGCUCCUUCUACAAGAUGAUUUCCACACGCAGAGAUCUCUACCUGAUUCUGAUCUCCUACAGCAAUCAGAAAGAAGUCAUGGAUCUGCACGACCUGGCACGCUUCCUGGAGGCUGAGCAGAAGAUGCGAGGCCUGACCAGAGAGCAUCUCAUUGACAUAAUCGUCAAGUUUGAGCCGUGUCCCCUAAACCUCCAGCGUAUGGUUCUGGGCAUCGAUGGGUUCACUAACUACAUGCGGAGUCCCGCGGGAGACAUCUUCAACCCCGAGCACAACCAGGUGAACCAGGACAUGACGCAGCCUCUCUCCAACUACUUCAUCUCCACGUCACACAACACCUACCUGACCGGGGACCAGCUGCUCUCUCAGUCCAGGGUGGAGAUGUACGCCUACGUGCUGCAGGCCGGCUGUCGCUGCGUGGAGGUGGACUGCUGGGACGGACCGGACGGAGAGCCCAUAAUCCAUCACGGCUACACUUUAACAUCCAAAAUCCUCUUUAAAGACGUGGUGGAAACAAUAAACAAAUAUGCCUUCACUAAAUCACAGUACCCAGUCAUCCUGUCCAUAGAGAACCACUGCACUGUGCCUCAGCAGAAAAAGAUGGCCGCCUACCUGAAAGAGGUGCUGCAGGACAAGCUGGACCUGUCCAACGUCAACGCGCACGAGUGCAAGAAGCUGCCGUCCCCGGAGAUCCUGAAGGGAAAAGUGUUGGUCAAGGGGAAGAAACUGCCGGCAAACCUCGAUUCUGACGUGGAGGAGGGAGACGUGUCCGACGAAGACACCGGGGACGAAGAAGAGGAGGAAGACGAUGAUGAGGAUGAGGAUAACUCUCAGGAUGGAAAUAGCGUCACAUCCACUAAUCAACUAAAAAAGAAGAGGCGGUUUGGAAGAUCAAUCAUUCGGAGCUUUAAAAGAAAGAGGAAAAAGAGAGUCCGUGUGAAGAACAAGGCCUUGUCUGACGGUGAAUCGGACUACAGCAGCAGCAGGGAGAGAACACAGAUUGUUUACCAUCCAAAAAAGAGGAAAACGAUGCGGCUGUCCCGUGCUCUGUCAGACCUGGUGAAAUACACUAAAUCAGUGCGCGUCCAUGAGAUAGAAACACAAGCGUUCACAAACAGCUGGCAGGUGUCGUCCCUGAACGAGACGGUGAUGAACCAGAUCCUGCUGCUGAAGCCAGGUGAGCUGGUGCGCUUCAACCAGCGCCAGCUGAUCAGAGUCUACCCGUCCAACUACCGGGUGGACUCCAGCAACUUCAACCCGCAGCCGUACUGGAACACGGGAUGCCACAUGGUUGCGAUGAAUUUUCAGACCGAGGGUCGUAUGCUGGAGCUGAACCGAGCCAAGUUCUCCAGCAACGGAAACUGUGGAUACAUUCUGAAGCCUAAGUGCAUGUGUAAAUCUGCCUUUAACCCCAUGUUGGAAGAUCCGGUACCGGGACACAAAAAGACUCAGCUGGUGCUGAAGAUCAUCAGCGGACAGCAGCUUCCCAAACCCAGAGACUCCAUGUUCGGAGACAGAGGAGAGAUAAUUGACCCAUUUGUGGAGGUUGAGAUCAUUGGUCUGCCUAUAGAUUGCUCCAAGCAGCAAACCAGAGUGGUGGACGAUAACGGUUUCAACCCGAUGUGGGAGGAGACCCUCGUCUUCAGCAUCCAGAUGCCUCAGGUCGCCCUGGUGCGAUUUCAGGUGUGGGAUCACGAUCCGAUCGGGCGAGACUUCAUCGGACAGAGGACGAUCGCGUUCAUCAGCAUGAUGCCAGGCUACCGGCACGUUUACCUGGAAGGAAUGGCGGAGUCGUCCAUCUUUGUUCAUGUUGCGAUUCAUGACGCAACUGGAAAGGUAUGA